AUGAGCCGGCUGGCCCACAAACCGAGGGGCGCUUGGGUCUUGUAUCUUCUGCUGGCAGAAUUGUCUGGUCUGGCGCCACACGGCCUCUGUUCCCAACCCAGUCAGGGACAGUGCUGGUCGGUGCCAGGAAGCAUUUGCUUUGGUCUAUUUCUGUUUCGACAUGUUUACCUUGAAUGCGGUCUGCGCGAAGUGUCCAUGUUCUGCAUAGAAGCGAGAAUUGCAAGCGCAAUCAAAGAUACACCACCCUACAUUGGCAGGCAGGAGAUUAGGCAAACUCUCGCUUUUUGCUGA